AUGGCUCUUCCUCUCACUUUUUGCAAUCUUCAAACAAGUUUCCUCUCACCAAUUCAUCAAAAACAACUGUAUUUGAUUAGAACUGAAUUCAGACCUUCCCUUUUCCCCACCAGAACCAAUCCCCAAUUCGUUCCUCCCAGUAGUCACAGAUUAUCCCGCGUUUUUUCUCCUGUAAAAUCUGCUUCAUUUAAUGGGUAUGUCACAAACAACAACCCCAGUAAUCCAAAAGAUGAUUUCUUGAAUGAGGGUAGCGGGGAAUUGGUUCAGAACCCGAAGAAUUUGAUUGAGUUUAUCAGAGACAGAUUGCCAGGUGGCAACUGGUGGAGGCUCUCUCCCACCGGCCAGAACGUUGAUCUUAAGUUGACAGCAAAGCCGGUGACUGUGGUUCGUGCUCUUCAGCGGAUGUGGGAAUUGAUAAGCGAAGAUCGCUGGGUCAUUUUUAUUGCUUUCCUCACCUUGAUUCUAACUGCUCUUUCGGAGAUUACAAUUCCACAUUAUCUGACAGCAUCAAUCUUCUCUGCACAAAGUCAGAAUGUCCCGGUGUUCCAUCGAAAUGUGCGCCUUUUGAUGUUUCUAUGUAUUACCUCAGGAAUAUGCAGUGGUAUACGGGGAUUCUAUUUUGGUGUUGCCAAUAUGAUUCUGGUCAAAAGAAUGAGAGAAAAAUUAUACUCUACUCUUCUUCUACAGGAUAUUUCCUUCUUUGACUCUGAGACAGUUGGUGACCUGACAAGUAGGCUUAGUGCAGAUUGCCAGCAAGUGUCCCGUGUUAUUGGCAAUGACCUAAAUCUUAUAUCACGUAAUCUUCUACAGGGGACAGGUGCAUUCAUCUACUUGGUCAUCUUGUCCUGGCAACUUGCACUGUGUACCUUUGUGAUAUGCUCUACUUUGGCAACCGUAAUGCUGUUAUAUGGCGUGUACCAAAAGAAAGCAGCAAAGUUAAUCCAAGACUGUGGGGCUUCAGCCAAUGAAGUCGCGCAAGAGACUCUAUCAUUAAUGAGGACAGUUAGAGUGUAUGGUACUGAACAACAAGAACUAGAGAGAUAUAAACACUGGCUUGAGAGAGUAGCAGAUAUAAGUUUCAAGCAGAGUGCAGCAUAUGGGCUUUGGAAUUUCAGCUUCAACACACUCUAUCAUUCAACCCAGGUUAUCGCUGUGCUGAUAGGAGGAACUUUUAUUCUGACUGGUCGUAUAACGGCAGAGCAACUUACCAAGUUCAUAUUAUACAGUGAAUGGCUGAUUUAUUCAACAUGGUGGGUAGGGGACAACUUGUCAUCGUUGAUGCAGUCUGUAGGGGCAAGUGAAAAAGUUUUCCAACUGAUGGAUCUUCCAUCAAGCAAUCAGUUCGUGUCAGAGGGAUCACAAUUGCAGAGACUGGCAGGGCACAUACAAUUGUCCGAUGUAUCGUUUCGAUACGCUUCCAGGCCUACGGUGCCAGUUCUGCAACAUAUCAAUCUUGACGUGUAUCCUCAUGAAUCAGUUGCAAUUGUUGGGCUUAGCGGAAGUGGGAAGAGCACUCUAGUGAGUCUGCUGCUUCGUUUGUAUGAGCCAACAAGUGGCCAGAUAAAACUUGAUGGCUACCCAAUCCAGGAUUUAGAUGUCAAAUGGUUUAGGGAGAGGGUCGGAUAUGUGGGACAGGAACCUCGUCUUUUUCGUAUGGACAUCAGCUCAAACAUAAGCUAUGGAUGUACUAGGAUUGUCACUCAGGAGGAUGUUGAAUGGGCGGCCAAACAAGCUUAUGCUCAUGACUUCAUAUUAGCUUUGCCUCAAGGAUAUCAAACACUAGUUGAUGAUGACUUGCUUAGUGGAGGGCAAAAGCAAAGAAUUGCCAUUGCCAGGGCACUUCUCAGAGACCCAGACAUUUUGAUACUGGAUGAAGCCACUAGUGCACUUGACGCGGAGAGUGAGCACAAUGUGAAGGGUGUCCUUCGUGCGCUUAGACAGGACCGAAAGACAAAGAGAACUGUCAUUGUCAUCGCACACAGGCUUUCAACAAUACAGGCUGCAGACAGAAUAAUCGUCAUGGAAAAUGGUACAAUUGUGGAGGUUGGCAGCCACUCAGAACUUCUGCGCAAAGACGGUUUAUAUUCACGACUGGCAAGAAGACAGGCCGAUGCUGUUGUACCUUCCUAA